CAAGGCAUCCUUCCAGCAUAUAAGUACCUAUCCCCACCCUUCAUUUCUCACACAGGAGAUAGCCUUCCCUAGCUGAUUAAGCUCUCGCUGCUAGUCUUCUAGCUACCUCUCCGGCCGGCAAGAGAGCUAGCUCCCAAACUCACCCAUGGCCAAUUUCCAAAUCACCUCAAGCCCUGCAACCGUUGAGAACAACGAGUACAGCUUCAGCAACCUCUACUUGUUCCACACCCCUCUGGGUCCUGACAGGAACCAAUUUGGAGUGACAAGCUCGGAUGCUGCUACCGGUCUGGGUUCGAUCGUCGUCAACAACUGGCCGAUAUACGAUGGAGUUGGCGCAGGCGCCACCCUCGUAGCCCGCGCGCAAGGCUUGCACAUCCAUGCCGGUAACUGGAACAAUGUUUUCAGCAUAGUGUUCGAGAAUCAGAGGUUUAGGGGUUCAACGCUUGAGGUGAUGGGCAUAUCUGUUGAGCAUGGUGAGCAUGCCAUUGUUGGUGGAACAGGGCAGUUUGCUAUGGCAAGAGGUGUCAUCUACAAAAAGUUUCACGAGCAGAGGAGCGAUGGUAACAUCAUACAACUUACCAUCCGCGGAUUCUUCCCUGUGCUGAAACGGUCGCCACCGACGAGCCGUGUCAUCAAGAUUGGGCCAUGUGGUGGGAAUGGUGGGGUAGCUUGGGACAUAUCAGACACACCAAGUCGCCUAGAGAGUAUCACAAUUCGUUACGCCGGGGUUAUUGAUGGAAUUGAGUUUUCAUAUGUUAACCAAUCUGGUCAGAAGCGGACUACAGGUCGGUGGUGCGGUUCAGGCGGAAUGUACACCAAAACGAUCGAACUUGGCCCUUCUGAGUUUGUGAAGGAAGUUUCUGGAACAAUUGGAUCUUACAGCCAAUUCAACAACAUCAUUAGGACCCUUGUGAUCGUCACCAACGUCAGGACAUAUGGACCUUUUGGGAACCCACGAAAUGGAACCGCACCAUUCAGCAUCCCCGUGCAGAACAACAGCACCAUUGUGGGCUUCUUUGCGCGCGGCAAGCUGUACCUCGACGCCAUUGGCGUUUAUGUGCAAGAGACACAGAUUUGAUUAGGUUCCGGUGUGCUGCUGAAAUAAUAAGGGGGGUCUCAUGUGCUGAUGAUCCUCUGUACUUGUAAUGCUUUAUGUUAGCUUUUUUCCCAUUUAUACCUAUUGUCUUUUGAAUGAAAUAAGCAUCAAUAAUCCCGUGAAGCUUUGUUGGUUAUUA